AGCACAGAAGUAAGACAUUUAAUACUAGCUAUUCCCCGCGACUUUAUUACGAUUGGAUUAUUAACUGAGUAGAGUACAUAUGUUCUGUGCUCCUGUGUCCUGGACAGUCCUGGUUUUAGGAAUAUCUAUGUCAAAAAGUUUAUAUCCAACGUCAGGUUAAUUGUUUUCCAUGACGCUACAAUUACUACGUCUUUUACGUAAUCCACGACAGUUCUUUUCUCAAAACGUCAAUUUUCGCCAAUAUACUGAUUAUAUUUUGUUACGUAGAGAACACCGUUAUCCAAGACAGGAGUCACGGGUGUUGGGGCGAGGGAGGGGGUUACGCUUACGUUACGGCGUGAACGGUGCGGGUGCGGUUGCAGCGCAAGUUCACUCUGUUACUCGGUCAUUACGGUAUUUUUCUGUUGCGCGUCCCACAUUAACGAUCUUGAAAGAAAAAGUGACAAUGCCCGAAAAUAAACAGUUCCAACGACUUCCGAAAAAUGUCAUACCUAAACAUUACAAAUUACAAUUGGUUCCAAAUCUCGAGAAAUUUACUUUUAACGGGAAAACAGAGGUGAAAGUAUCGAUUGUGAAUUCUACCAAAGAAAUAGUACUCAAUUCUUUAGAUUUGGAUUUAACCAGCGUGAAAUUACAAUAUGACGAUUCAGAAUCUAAUUCGGCGCUCAGUCCUUUGGAAGUGCGGUUAUCUGCACCGGAUGAGACAGCAAUUAUACUCUUCGAAAAACCUCUACGCGAGGGCGAUGCAACGCUUUAUUGUGAAUUUACUGGUGAGAUUAACGAUAAAAUGAAGGGUCUGUACCGAAGCAAAUACUUAACCCCAGGUGGCGAAGAACGCUAUGCUGCCGUUACUCAGUUUGAGGCUACAGAUGCACGCCGAUGUUUUCCGUGCUGGGAUGAACCUGCCAUUAAAGCAACUUUUGAUAUAUCAUUGGAAGUGCCAGCUGAUAGAGUUGCUCUUUCAAACAUGCCUGUGAAGGAGGAAAUGGCAAUUGGGGAAAAAAAAUUAAUACAUUUUGAUACAACUCCUAUUAUGUCUACUUAUCUUGUGGCAGUUGUGGUGGGAGAGUAUGAUUAUGUAGAAAAGAAAUCUCGGGAUGGUGUCUUAGUUAGAGUGUACACGCCUGUAGGCAAGAGUAAACAAGGCCUAUUUGCAUUAGAAGUUGCAGCGCGAGUCUUACCUUAUUAUAAAGAGUAUUUUGAUAUAGCUUAUCCACUACCAAAGAUUGAUUUAAUAGCAAUUGCAGAUUUCUCUGCUGGUGCUAUGGAAAACUGGGGUCUGGUAACAUACAGAGAGACUUGCCUUUUGGUUGAUGAAGAACAUACUUCAGCUGUGCGUAGACAGUGGAUAGCUUUAGUUGUAGGCCAUGAGCUGGCGCAUCAGUGGUUUGGUAACCUUGUCACCAUGGAGUGGUGGACACAUCUUUGGCUCAAUGAAGGAUAUGCUUCAUUUGUUGAAUUUCUAUGUGUAAAUCAUCUUUUUCCAGAAUAUGAUAUUUGGACUCAAUUUGUUACUGAAACUUAUAUCAGAGCAUUAGAAUUGGAUUGUUUGAAGAAUUCACACCCUAUAGAAGUACCCGUGGGCCAUCCUUCAGAAAUAGAUGAGAUAUUUGAUGAUAUAUCAUACAACAAAGGGGCUUCUGUUAUACGCAUGUUACAUAAAUACAUUGGUGAUGAUGACUUUCGAAAAGGCAUGAAUAUUUAUUUAACAAGGCACCAGUAUAAAAAUACUUUUACAGAAGAUUUAUGGGCAGCAUUAGAAGAAGCUUCAAAUAAACCUGUAGGAGCUGUUAUGUCAACCUGGACUAAGCAGAUGGGUUUCCCCAUGGUGCAGGUUAGCUCAGAGCAAAGGGGACAAAACCGUGUUCUGAAGAUGACUCAGCAAAAGUUUUGUGCUGAUGGUAGCCAAGGUGAUGACACACUGUGGAUGAUUCCAAUAACUAUAUCAACACAGGAGCAACCUUCAAAGGUCGCUCUGUCUACUGUAUUAGACAAGAGGUCUCAAGAAGUGGUAUUGGAGAAUGUAUCCGAGAGCUCAUGGGUCAAACUUAAUCCAGGAACUGUGGGAUAUUACCGCACCCGCUAUUCAGCUGUAAUGUUGGAACAACUAGUGACUGCUAUCCGAGAUGGCUCAUUGCCCCCUCUAGACCGACUCGGCCUGUUAGAUGAUUGUUUUGCCCUUGUCCAAGCUGGUCACACACAAACUUCGGAGUCACUAAAACUCAUGGAGGCAUUUAGCAAUGAAACCAACUUUACAGUUUGGUCUUCAAUAUCAAAUUGUCUAUAUAAGCUGAGUGCACUUUUUUCAUACACAGCUUUGGACAAGCCUCUAAAGAAUUAUGGCCGUAAACUUUUCUCAAAUGUCACCAAAAGGUUGGGGUGGGAUGCAGAAGAAAAGGAAAGUCAUCUUGACACACUUCUCAGGAGCUUAGUACUCAAUAAAAUGAUCAGCUUUGAAGACCCGGACACUAUAAAAGAAGCAAAGAGUCGAUUCGAGAAGCACAUAUCGGGUGUAUGCGCACUCCCGGCUGAUUUACGGUCAGCAUGUUACCGAGCGGUGCUGGCUGAAGCGGACGAGGCUACAUUCCAGCGGUUUUUGGAAUUGUACCGUGCAGCUGACCUGCACGAAGAGAAAGACCGUAUUAGCCGGGCGCUUGGAGCCGUCAAAGAUCCUGCUCUCCUUAAACGUGUCCUUGAUUUCGCUAUAUCGGAUGAAGUCCGCUCUCAAGAUACUGUAUUUGUAAUAGUAUCGGUGGCUGUAAGUAAAAAUGGACGUGACCUUGCAUGGCAGUUCUUCAAGGAUCAUUGGCAAGAAUUAAUGGAUCGGUACCAGGGCGGUUUCUUGCUGGCGCGUCUCGUGAAAUCGACGACGGAGAACUUCGCGUCGGAGGCGAGCGCGCAAGAGAUCGAGGAGUUCUUCGCGGCGCACCAGUCGCCGGGCACCGAGCGCUCCGUGCAGCAGGCGCUGGAGACGGUGCGCCUCAACGCCGCCUGGCUGCGCCGCGACCUCGCCUCCACCGACGCCUACCUGCAGCCGUACCACUGAAACUCACAUAAACGAACAAAUGGCAAGACUGAAACAGCAACGAAAUUUAUAACAUUGUUUCAAUUCAAUAUUAUGUAACUAUUUUAAACCAAGCUUUAUGUUUAGUGUUAAACUCUCUUAACUAGACAAAAUGCAAUUUGAUAAAUAUGUAUCUUAUUUUUGUUAUAAUCAUAAUAAUCUCAAAGUUGUAUGAAAGGGCACAGCUGUUAUAUAUAAUACGACUGCUAUAACCAAAAACAAUAUAGAUAAUCUGUUUUUAAACACAAGAAAUUGGCUGUUUAUAGUUACCUAUGUGUUAAUUGUUCCUGAAUCAAGUCCUUUGAGCAGUGUUCUAUAGUACAAAAUUAGAAAAUUAACACUGCUGAAGGCUAAUUUCAUAAUAUUUUGAAGAUAGCAAACAAAACUGGGUUGCCGAGGUAUCAUUAUCAUUUACAUCAUGAAGACUUACAUGUCUUAUCUAUUUUCAUACAAACUACAAACUUUAAAGAAACAUCUGGUAGCUUAUUUUUAACAAUUUAAAAAAAGUACGAGAAUUUUCAUAAUCAGCAUAAUUUCCUUUAAGGUACAACCGACUUUUCAAAUAUUUCUGAAGUGAGUGACAACUUCUUUACAAUCUUUGUGAUUUGAAACUCGAUGAAAUGAAAAAGCGACACUCAAAGGAGACAAACACUACAAACUAUACAUCUAUAGGAUUAAGCCUGCGAGAGAAUGAGAUAGAUACAGUGUACAGUGAUUCCUAUUAUCUGGGUCCCCUUUUCUGAAGGUUUCACUUCUACCGCGUGUGAACUGCACAACGCGUGUCUUUUUUUAAAUUAAAACUAUUUUUACAGUAGCCCCUAAAUAUUACUUAAUGAAUAAUAAUUAAUUUUUUUUUAAUGAUCCUAUCUAAAGUUAUUGCAGGUUACCUAAAUUCAUACAUGUGUGGCAUGUUGUGUAAAUUUGUAUAAAUAUUAAUUUAUCUUAGGUUUAUGUUACAAACUAAUAUUGGUGGUGCUAAGUAUGGUUUUGUUUCAUUAUUAUAGCUGCAUUUUGAAUUGGGUACUGUUCAAAACGCUAAACUAGUGUUGAAAUUUAUUUUUUUGGAAGGUGAUUUUAACCACUGUGCAAUAGGUCAUUUUUCUUUUUUUCAAUUUAGUGUAAUUAAUCUACUUACGUUUUAAAAUAUGUUUUGUUGACGAGUUUAAGUCAGUAAAAUAAUGUGAUUUAUGAAUAUAACAUUUGAAGUUACCAUCAUUUUAUUCAUUGUAUAAUUGAUUUUGUUUAGACUGUGUUAUUGCAUUAAAGUGUACAAAAGUACCUGU